AUGAGGUUGAGCAAGCAGGCGACGGAGCCGAACUACCAGGUCAUCGAUGCCUCCAGGACGGCGGACACCAAGAAGAGGCCGUUCAGGGUCCAGCUGUACUCCAUCAUCGCCCUGCUGGUCGUGACGCUCGGGCUGAUCGCCGCGGGUGUGCUCAUCAACCAGAAGCUCCCGGCAGGCUCCGAGUCGCGCUUCGAGCUGGGCGGCUCGGGCAAGGCCGUCGCGUCCGCCACCAACAACAGGCGCGCCGUUGCCGUGUUGGGACCGCGGGAGAGGGCCCUCCGCAACGCCGCCGACGCCGUGCUGGACGCGGCGGGGGUCGGCGCCGCGUGGAGGCGGCAGAUUUCGAACAAUCCCGAGGUCACCCCGUUGCCGACUCCCCCGUUCAACGGCGAUGAACCGAUAGAGCCACCGCCGACGCUGACUGUUCCGGAUACACCGACGCCAACGCUACCACCAUUGACUGAUGCCGACACGCCGACGGCGACGCUGCAGCCGCCUACAACGACGACGACAACGCCUCCACCCAGCCCUACGACGACAACGACUCCGCCGACUACUCCGCCGAGUUCAACGACGACUCCUCCACCGAGUCCCACGACGACCACGACCAGCACGAGCAGUAGCAUCUAUACUUCUACGAAAGCCACCACAUCAGACAGCACGACGACGCCUCCGCUCACAUCGACAACCGCGACCGAACCGAGCUCCACGGAUGGGUCCUCCACCAUCACGCCAACGGGCGACCCGACUCUGACCAGCACCACUCCGAGCGGGACCAGCUCGCGCAUCACCACAAGUAGGAGGAGCAGCAGCUUGACCACAAGCAGAACGACGCCGACUGGUUCCACUCCAACCGGCCGUUCUACCACCAACCCGGGGGGCACCAUCCCAACCAGAACUACGCCUACCGGAACCAGCACCAGCCCGUCCGGCACCAGUCCAUCCGGCACUACGCCUGCUGGUACCGGCACUUCGCCGGUCGGCACUACUCCAGUCGGUACUACCCCAGUCGGCACCACUCCGGUUGACACUCCGGUUGACACCCCGGUCGACACUACCCCGGUCGACACUACGCCUAUCGACACCGGUACCAGCCCGGCCGGCGCCACGCCGGUGACAACUCCGACGGGCUCUCCUCCAUCGGCGAGCCUGCCGGAACAAAACAUCCUCUUGCCGUCUUCAACACCGCCAACAGACCCAACAGUCUCUCUGUUCGCGAGCUCCGCAUCCGCCCAAGAAGACCCGUCGCCAUCGCCCACGCCGAAUUUUUCCGACCCCAGCAGCCCCUCCACGCCGGAUCCAACCCCUGUUUCCGGAUCUCCGACGGCCUCCCAGCCGGCAGCCCAGUCGUUUGUGACGCCUCCUUCAACAGGCGACUCCAGCACCCCUCAACCAACGGGCGUCACCCCGAUCCCCGCCGGCUCCGCCUCCCCGUCCUCGCCAUCGUCAGAUCCAGCCCCGUCAGUAGUGCCAUCCGGAAGCCAAGUUGCGACUCCUAGUCCGAAUACGCCGGCGCCGUCGGAUCCGUCAGCCAUCGUGCCUUCCAGCGGUUCACCUUCUGUAUCUCCGGACCCGGAAGGCAGCCAGACGGCCGGCUCGCCGGUUUCACAGCCGGCUACAGGCUCCCCGUCCGGCUCGGACGCCGUCACGCCGUCCGCCACCCCGGCGCUAGCCACGUCCGAUAUCCCGAUCAACAUUGCGCAGGCCUCCGUGUCCAGGAGCCUCUCGCCGUCCGAGUCCGGGGCAUCCGUGGAAUCACUUAUUCAACAGGCAUCGGACUCUCCUCUUUUGAGCAUUCUCUCGGCGCAGCCAACUGCGUCCGAUGCCGUUACACCUGUCAGUCAAGAAGCUUCUGCUUCUCCAAUCUCGGCCGGUCCUUCGAUCUCGGACGCCCCCUCAGCUCUGGCGGCAGCCUCAGACACAGCUGCUCCCUCGGCUUCAGCUGCUCCCUCGGCUUCAGCCGCCCCCUCGAACUCGGCCGCCCCCUCGAAUUCGGCCGCCCCCUCGAACUCGGCCGUCCCCUUAGCUCUGGCGGCAGCCUCAGACACAGCUGCUCCAUCUGAUCCAGCUAUUCCUUCGGCUUCAGCCGCCCUCUCAGCUCAGGCGGUAGCCUCAGACACAACUGCUCCAUCUGAUCCAGCUGUUCUCUCGAAUUCGGCCGCCCCUUCAGCUCUGGCGGCAGCCUCAGACACAGCUGCUCCAUCCGAUCCAGCUGUUCCCUCGGCUUCAGCCGCCCCCUCGGCCGUGCAGACGCAGGCGGAGAACCCGAGUGAUACCCAAGCCGUACCCUCACCGGCGGCGUCCCAGUCCAACGCUCCGCCGAGCGCCAAUACGCCCGCGCCAAGUGUCACACCCCAAUCCGACGCCGCCACGCCGUCUGUCCCCCCAGCAACGACCCCAGCAACAGCUACUCCUGCGUCCAACACUCAGUCGGCGCCCGAAACGCAGUCUCAGAAGGAGAGUUCCGCGUCCGCGUCAGAGACGGAACCGACGGCCACGGAACCGACGGCCUCGCCCACCACCGCCGACCCGAGUGCGUCGGCGACGCAGCCCGAUGCCACCGUCGUCGUGCAACAGACCGCCGUGCCCAAGGCACCCAACGAGGAGAUUGUGAACGAGAAGGUGACGGUCGGCCAGGCCAUCGUCAGCAACUUCGUCCCCAUCGUCGUCGUCCGCGGCUUCACCUCAGUGCUGUCGUCGUCGUUCGUCCAGGUCGCCGCCUUCGAGCCCCUCCGUCAGCUCAUGACCGACUCGGGCGCCUCGGGCGCCGUGCUCGCCGGCUCAGCCAUCACCCUCGUGCCCCUCGCCGCGAGCUACCUCUACGCCGACAUCGCCAGCGCCUUCGCCGUCGAGGCCCUCGCCACCGACGCCUUCUGGUGCGCCGAGAAGCCGUCGCAGUACAUCAGCUCGCCGUGCCCGCCGCGCCUCAGCGUCAACAGGUGGGCCGUGAACGUCGUCAUCUCGGGUCUCGUCGCCGUCGCCGUCUCGCUCAUCUUCAUCGUCGGCCUCUGGUUCAAGACGCCCUCGCGCAUCGCCGUCGACACGACCACCAUCUCGGGCGUCGCCACCGUCCUCGGCCACCCAGAGGUCGAGCGCCAGUUCGCCGCCAUCCCCAAGGACAUGACCAACAGCCAGCUGGCCCUGCACCUCAAGGACAGCCGCUUCACCCUCGGCACGUACCAGGCCCAGGGCGGCGGCGAGCGGUACGGCCUCGUGCCCAUCGACCAGCCGAUGGGGGAGGACCGGCCGCGGUCCCUCCUCCAGCGCCUCGAGGACUCGGCCGUCGAGCGCAAGGCGAGCAUUAACACGGCGCCCUGGACGCGCACCCGCUUCCACAUCGACCUGCUCUUCGCCGUCUUCCACCUCGGCCUCCUCGGCCUCGCCAUCGCCGCCCUCGCCAACGUCAACAACCCGCGCCGCAUCUUCAGCUACACCUCGCGGGCCGCCACCGUCGGCGUCCGCGUCGGCGUGUGCUUCAUCGGCAUCCUUGUCUCGCGGUACUGGGGCAUGGUAUUCGCCGACGCGCAGAACCUCGCGCCCUAUGCGCGCAUGCACGCCGCGCCGGCCAAGGCCGAGGGCACCGUCACGAAACGCGGCUUCGGCGUGCCGCUGCUGGCCGUCGUGCCGCUCGUGAGGAUGGGCUACGCCGUGCCCGCCGCCGUCGCCGUCGCCGCGCUCUUUGCCGAGUUCUUCGUCGUCGCCGUCAGCGGGCUGCCGUGGCGGCCGGGGCAGAUGCGCGGCGAGUACAUCUUCUGCGGCGUCGCGUGCGUCGUCAUCGCCUCCUUCAUGCUGGUCGCCCAGGGGCUGGUGUUCUACCUGCGCAGCACGCUGCCCACGAUGCCGCGCCGCCCGGACUCGGUCGCCUCCGUCAUGACGUACGUCGCCGGCACGACGAUGAGCCGCGACUUCGUUGCCAUGUCCGGUCUGGGGAGGAAGGCGGCCGAUAAGGCCAUCGGCGGCAUGGGAAAGAGGUACGCGUACGGGCUGAAGGUGGAGGAGAACGGAAGGCAGAGGUGGGUUGUUGACGAGGUCGGGACGGGGUAUGAAGAGAGUCGAACGAGGGCAACGGACAAUACCGUGUGA